GCUGUGCACGUGAUCAAUAUGGCAUCCUCCAGCUCUCCAUGAAGUGAAGCGUGUUUGUUGCUGUUAGGUCAAGCUGGAAUCAGGUCUUCUCGAGUUGUAUAGGCUUUUAGUUUUUCCUAUCUCUUGCAUGAAUGCAUCUCUUAUCCACAGUGAAGAAGUGCACAGCAGAACGUGCUUAUUGAUAGGUGUCUAUGUUAAAUGGUUCAGAGAGUUCAGAGUGCUUACCGACUACGUGCUUGUGAAGUACAAGAAUGAAAGCUGCGAAACACACUCUACGCCGAUCAGGGCCGUCCUGUAGUGGUGAAAAAACUGCGCUGCGCCCAAACGUCUACAAUGUUGAUGCUUCCGUACGUGGAUACGCCGGCCGAGGUUCGAAUCAUGACAGCAGCAACCAUGCGCAGUUUUCACAAGCGCACCACGUUGACAAGGACACCAAAUCGUACUUUACGAUGGCGUGUGAGAGAUUUCAGGAAGAGUUCGAGGACGACGAAGAUAAAGCGCUCUUCUUGGAAAAUGUAGCUGACCAGACCUGUGGAAAGGAGGUGCAGCUCUCGUGUGAUGACUCAACAAGCCGCUGUAUGCAAAUGCUGCUUAUUAAUACAAGAAGCAUCAGUGUACUGACUCGUUUCAUGUCCUCAUUCUUGGACAAUGUUAAUUUAAUGUGUACCGAUCACAGUGGGGCCUUCGUGAUACAGACUCUUCUUGAAGCUGCAUUGAGGUAUCUACAGUCACCCACCACUUACACUGCAUCUGAGGAGGACUUCAAGUAUACUGAAGCGAUCAGUAAACAUGGUGACAAUACUGCAAAGAAUGGGGCUGUAGGAGGCAAAAAAUGCUUGGGUACUUCACAAGACAACUUGCAGGACAUUGACAAUUCAAAUAUGAAGAGUCUGGCAAGCGGUCAUGACAAGGUUGUAUCUUGGGUACUUGCUAUAGGACGCUUCUGCUUAGAAAAUAUUAAAGAGUUUCUCUUCAGUGGGAUGCCUGCUCAUGUAACUCGCAGCGUUGUUCAAGUUUUGGGAGGAUGUUACGUGGAGCGACAUCUUUCACGACACCAACCCAGCCAAAAGAGACGGAGGACAAGAACAGAGGCACAAAAAAAUGCAGUUGAAGUUGUUGAAGUUCCUGAAGAAUAUGAUGAACUCUUUGGAAUAUAUGUUGAAACUAUAAAAACACAGUUUGACAUGUUAGAUAUCAUGGCCAACAACGUAGCGUCAAUGAUUUUGCAAGCCUUGAUUAUGAUACUACAAUUGAAGAAUCCAAAAUUGCUAUCUGUAUUUGUGAAGCAUAUUGCCAAGGCUGUUUUCUCACAAGCCCCAAAAGAUGAAAGGGUGUUACCACCUGCAUUUUUGGACCCAAGUGCUUCAUUCACAGUGGAGGAACUGCUCAAGCGUUGCUCUGCCAAGACUUUUACUAAAUUAUGGAACAAUCACAUUUCCGGCAUCCUACUUCAGAUGUCACUUCAUCCUGUAUCUACAUUUUGUGCACAGCGUGUCAUCGAGUAUGCUACAUCAUCAGAGCAGUUUCAAGAAAUGUAUGAAGAAUUGGAACCAGGAUUUGAUUCACUCUUUGACCAUGGUCAAAUGUCAAUGCUAGUGUGCAUUGCUGCUGCCUGCAAAGCUCACUCUGUGAACCAAGCAAGGUUUGUUAAGGCUUUGAUGACAACUCUGCACUGUGCGGAUCCAGAGGACCGGCACCCCUUCCUGACACCUCUCAUUCUUUAUAUGAAGAGAUAUGAAGAGUUUGAUAAGGCACAGCAAGGAGCAUCAGUAGUCUACCAGGGGAGCCUGCUGUUACAGCAUUUACUUCGUUUUGGGAAGACUCAAAAGGUUUCACAAAGUCUGUUAAAUAUGGGCUCCCAAGCGUUGAAAGCAAUUGCCUGUUGUCCGUGUGGCUCCCAUGUACUGGAUGCAUUUGUGCAAAGUGAUCAUGUGAAGAAAACAAGCAAGGAAGAACUUAUUAGAAUGCUUAAGGGUCAAUAUGCAAGCCUUGCAAUGGACAAGUAUGGCAGUUGUUUUGUCAUGAACUUAUGGGACAUUGCAAAUAUAGCACAAAAAACAGACAUUGCAGAAGAACUUUCUGACAAAGAGAGUGCCCUUGCAGCCUCCAUAUGUGGGAAAUUAGUCUCCAAGAAGCUUUGUCUUUAUCACUUCAUUCAUCGCCGAAAUGAUUGGACUGAACUGCAGAAGACUAGCAAGAAGACAUCUCUUCUUUUCCAAGACAUCCUGAAAGAAAAAUAAAGCCGUCGAUCAUAAAA